AUGCUCAGGAAGCAUAGCCAGUUGCGAACUUCUACACUCAUCUACUAUAAAUUCCUGCAAUCUCAAUCCUCAGUAACAUAUUCCGCUCACAGAAUCAAUGCUACCGACGAUCAAAAUCACUACUGCAUCCCAAUUCCCAACCCUGAUAUCACUUCACGCAACAAACUAAUCAAUGAUCGUUCUAAACUCGGCAACUUGGCUUCUGCAGCGAAGUUGUUCGACGAAAUGCCUGAACGAGACGUGGCUUCGUGGAACUCGAUUAUGUCGUCUUAUGCUCGGAACGAUCUUUACAAUGAAGUGUUGAGAAUAUUUUCGGAAAUGAGGCUUCAUGGAUUUAUGCCCAACUCUACUUCUAUCUCAACCGCCUUAUCGGCUUGUGCGAAGCUUGGAGCUUUGGAGCAAGGCGAGAGGAUUCACGGCCUAUCUAUCAAGACGCGAUCCUCGGCGAAUGUGUUCGUGGGCACAUCGCUGAUCGCCGUGUAUGCGAAUUGUGGUGCAUCAGAGUCCCUGUUCAGGGUUUUUGAUGGAAUCGAGUACCCAAAUGUCGCCUCAUGGAACGCUUUAAUCUCAGGAUAUGUGUUGAACCAUUGCAUUGAAGAUGCUCGUCGAGUGUUCGAGAAAAUGCCGAGUCGGAAUGUUGUCUCUUGGACGGCCAUGAUUAGUGGGUAUAUCAAGGUUAAGAAGGAGGGCUCAUCUGCAAUGGCCAAUACAUUGAGGUGAUUAAGCUGUUCGGCGAAAUGAUCAGCAAAGGGGAUCGAGCUACCGCACCUGUUGUCAACAAGGUAAUUAGUGCAUAUUCCGGUCUAAAAGAUAUUGGAGGAGGUAGAAAUAUUCAUGGGUAUACUGUAAAAUGUGGGCAUCAUCUUUGUGAGAGCAUCGAAGCCUCUUUGGUUUGGAUGUAUUGCGAAUGCUUGGACAUAGAAG